GAAGGAUAAACCAUUCAUUCGACAGUUCCAAACAUCAAAUUCCAAAAUGAAAUCACUGAUUUUGAUAACAAUAAUCUCUUUCUCAAUUUUCAAUUAUACUUUCGCAACCCAAAUCCUCUCCAAAUCCAAACUCGAAAAAUGCGAAAAAGUCUCGGAUUCGCAAGGCCUCAACUGCACUUCAAAGAUCAUUCUCGACCUCGCGGUCCCAAGUGAAUCGAGUGGGAGAGAGGCGUCUAUGGUGGCGGAGAUAGUGGAGGCGGAGGAGAAUUCAACCAAUAUGCGUACGCUUCGGGUUCCACCUGUUAUAACUAUCAAUAAAUCUGCAGCUUAUGCUUUAUAUGAAUUGACAUACAUACGAGAUGUGGCUUAUAAGCCUCAAGAAUUUUACGUUCAAACACGAAAAUGCGAGCCUGAAGCUGGAGCGGAUAUUGUUAAGAUAUGUGAGAGGUUGAGAGAUGAGAAUGGUCACAUUAUAGAGCAUACCCAGCCAACAUGCUGUCCAUGUGGAGACCAGCGCAGGGUGCCUUCAUCAUGUGGAAAUUUUUUUGACAAGUUGAUGAAAGGGAAAGCAAACACAGCACACUGUCUUCGAUUCCCAGGUGAUUGGUUCCACGUGUUUGGUCUUGGACAGCGCUCAAUUGGGUUUAGUAUCCGUAUUGAAGUUAAGACAAGAACUAAGACAGCAGAAGUGAUCGUGGGUCCUGAGAACAGAACUGCAAUAUCUAGUGAUAAUUUUUUGAGGGUCAAUCUUAUUGGAGAUUAUAUUGGAUACACUGAUAUUCCACAAUUUGAUGACUUCUACCUUGUUAUACCUAGACAGGGUGGUCCACGUCAACCACAAAAUCUGGGAAGCAAUUUUUCCAUGUGGAUGCUUCUUGAAAGAGUCAGGUUUACUCUAGAUGGUUUGGAAUGUAACAAAAUUGGUGUUGGUUAUGAGGCUUUCAAUGGACAGCCAAACUUUUGCUCUGCACCAUUUUGGAGUUGCUUGCAUAAUCAGUUGUGGAACUUUUGGAAUGCUGACCAGAACAGAAUUAGCAGGAAUCAAAUUCCUCUAUAUUGUGUACAGGGAAGGUUUGACAGGAUAAAUCAACAUCCAGAAGCGGGGAGUCGGGCAUUUUCCAUAGGAAUUACAGAAGUCCUUAACACAAACCUUUUGGUGGAAUUGAGUGCUGAUGAUAUAGAAUUUGUAUAUCAAAGGAGCCCAGGAAAAAUUCUGGGCAUUACUGUCCCGACUUUUGAAGCUCUUACCCAAUUUGGGAUAGCGACAAUUACAACAAAAAAUAUUGGUGAACUAGAAGCAUCGUAUAGCCUUACGUUUGAUUGCUCAUCUGGUGUCAGCCAAAUGGAGGAACAAUUCUAUAUAAUGAAGCCAACAGAAGUAAUAACCCGAUCAUUCAAAUUGUACCCAACAACAGAUCAAGCUGCAAAAUAUGUGUGCGCAGCCAUAUUAAAGGAUUCUGACUUUAGUGAAGCUGAUAGAGCGGAAUGUCAAUUUACAACUACAACUACUGUUCUUGACAAUGGAUCACAGAUUCCAUUUCAACCUCCGAAGACAAGUAUUAAUGGUUUCUUUGAAUCAGUAGAGGAGAUUUGGAGCAGGUUUUGGACUGGUAUGGCAGAUUUCAUUACAGGAAAAAGUUGCAGCAGGGGGAAAUGCCUCGGGUUUUUUGACUUCAGUUGCCAUAUACAGUACAUCUGCAUGAGUUGGAUAUUGAUGUUUGGGCUAUUCUUAGCAAUUUUUCCAGCAGCUGUUGUCCUGCUCUGGCUGUUACAUCAGAAGGGACUAUUUGAUCCUCUGUAUGACUGGUGGGAGGAUCACAUGUGGACAUCUGAGCAGAGAAAUCGAGAAAUAGGGAAUCAUGGCGGAGAUGCUGAUCUUUUACUCUCCCAAUACAAGAAAAAUCAUAAGCAUGAUGCGAGGCAUCAUAAGCAUGAAGCUAGAAAUAGGCGAAGAAAUAUUCAUAGUGAGCACGGACACAACCACUUAAUAGGAGAAAGCAGUUAUCAUCACUAUCUUCACCAUGUCCACAAGGAUAAGCAUAAGCAUGGAAAAAUCAAGAGUUCAGGCACCGUAAGAGACAUUCACUUGAGUAGAAGGGAUGACGACGACGUUAGAUAUCAUAGAAAAAGAAAUGAAAGAAAAAGCCAUGGCAGGGAUUACUGAAAGUACCAUAGAGUGAUGAGAACCAAGUUGACUAUUGUAAGCAUUAAAAUGCCGUUUCCGAUGGUGUUGUUAAGUGCAUUCUACUAGGAAGAAUGAAGUGGACUGGAUGACAGAAAUUGAUUUUGUAGUUUGUAACAUCUAUCUCAUUGAAUGAUGACAUCUACUGAAUUUUCACUUCUUUGUUUCUUUCAUCACAACGCCAGAGAAUAAAACAUUGAUGUGAAACAUGGGAAUGGGGGUCAUUAGUCAUAACGCGGAAAGAGAGAUGUGAAAUCCAUUUGGAAACUGUAAACCAGGAGUUCGUACAAUGUCUCCACCUUUGAUUGCUUGCCACCUGACAGAUGCA